AUGGCAACUCCUAACGAUAAAGAUGCUCAUGAUAGGUAUGGCGUUGUGAUAGACGCCGGGUCAUCGGGCUCUAGGAUAUACAUCUACAAAUGGGUAGACCCCAGUAAAAUACUGGAAGAUAACAAUGAAGGUAGCAAAAAACUACUACAUUCAGUCCCUCAAAUUUAUCAUGAGCAAAGUUGGUCUAAGAAGAUAACUCCAGGUAUGUCAACGUAUGCAAAUAGACCCGAAAAGGCUUUUAAAAAACAUAUAAAACCUUUGCUUGAAUUUGCAGAAGACAUUAUUCCAGAUAAUAAGAUACCUGAAACACCUGUAUUUAUCCAGUCAACUGCUGGCAUGAGGUUACUUGACGAUAAGGCCAAACAGAGAAUCUCGAAGGAGCUUUGUAAGAAGAUUGGACAAAAGACAGAUUUUAUGUUAACGAAUUGUGCAACUCAGAUUCAAACGAUAGAUGGUGAGACUGAGGGAUUAUAUGGUUGGAUUGCAUUGAACUACCUAAAAGGCUACUUUAAUGACUACGAUAAGUCCGCAAGUGUCCAUGAGUCAUAUGGGUUUAUGGAUAUGGGAGGUGCCUCUUUACAAAUUGCUUUCAAACCAAGUAAUGAACAAGAAGUAGAUAAACAUAGAGAAGAUAUCUCAACAAUCAUAUUAUCGAGCGUUAAUGGCGAUAUCCAAGAAUGGGAUGUCUUCUCUGGUACCUGGCUCCGAUUUGGUACUAAUGAGGCUAGGAAAAAGUAUCUAAUUCAAUUGGCAAACAACAUCUACGGUCAUGAGCCAGAAAAUGUCAUAAAAAAUGGAAGAAAGAAAUUAUAUGAUCCAUGCCUGCUUAAAGGUGCAACAACAGAGUUCAAAUUCGGGGAUACUACGUUUGAUGUAGUAGGCUCAGGUAACUAUGAACAAUGUGGAAAGUCGAUGUAUCCAUUACUUCUUAAAAAUGUACCCUGCAUUGACGAGCCAUGUUUAUUCAAUGGAGUUCAUGUGCCCAAAAUUGACUUCACUAAGGACCAAUUUUUAGGUGUAUCUGAAUAUUGGUACACCAUGAAUGAUGUAUUCAAUCUUGGAGGUGAAUACAGCUACCAAAACUUUAAUGAUAAACUCAAGCAAUUUUGUGAGAAUGAUUGGCAGGUUAUAAAAGAUAACAGAAAUAAUGGUAUGUAUAACAAUAUUCAAGAGGAUCUACUUAAAGACGCUUGUUUUAAAGGCAAUUGGAUCCUAAACGUCUUACAUGAAGGCUUCGAGUUGCCAGGAAUCGGUGAUAAUUCACAUAUAGAUGAGCAAUUGCAGAAGGAACUUGAAAAACAUAUGUCCUUCAUGAGUGCAGAUACUGUUGAUGGAAAAGAGCUUUCAUGGACAUUGGGAAAGAUAGUGCUUUAUGCUUCCAGCAUGGUAACUGCUGGGAAAGCUGGCGAGUUUGUCGGUCUAAAGCCAAGCACCAAGUAUGGAGAGACACAUGGAGGAGGUUUUGUGCCUGGAUAUAUUAGUAACAUUGAAGGCAGUAUUUCAGGUAACCUUAUUGAUUCAAUGCUGAAGAUGAUGUUGGGUUUGAUGGUCUUUUUCGCACUGUACCUACUGUACGUCAAACUUUAUCUCAACAAAUAUGUUAACACCACGUCUAUGAAAACUAUUGUUAAUUCCAUACAAAACAAGGUCAGUAAAAUCAGAUAUAGUAAAGUUUCAUUAACAGAUCAAUUGAAUCAGCUAGAAGAGGGAGUAUUAAGCGCUACACGGUUCGGGGAGAACAGAGACGGUGUACAGUUUAGAAGCAGGAAUACAACUAGUACGCAAUUAUCAGGAGAAGUUUUCCCUAUGCAAGACAGAGGUGCUGCAGGCACAUUAUCUCCCGCAUUAUCAGAAGGCCCAUCACGGGCGACUUUUUCUUUGAAUGAUUUCUCUAAAUUCAAUCGUUCUAGUUUGCAAUAA